AUGUCUCAACCACUGAUCAUUGUUGUUACCGGCUCAAAUCGCGGCAUCGGCCAAGGCAUAAUCAAACUCCUUGCCAAAAACCAAUAUCGACGACCCUUGUGUAUCUAUGCUACAUCUCGCAGUGAAACAUCCUCCGUCAAAACAUUCAUCAGCAACACCUUGGAGAAAGAUGGCAAAAUCGACGUGCUUGUCAACAAUGCUGGCGUAAACAACAACAACAACGACGAGACACCCGAGCUAGCCGAACAAACGAUAAACGUCAAUUAUUAUGGCACAAAAGAAAUGUGUCGGCUCUUCCUCACCCAAGGAAAAAUGAACACAACACCAAGUUCUCGCAUCGUAAACGUAAGCAGCACCGCCUCUUCCCUUUCCAAUUACAAACCUCCCAUACAAUCUCGUUUUCGCUCCGCAAAGUCAGUCUCAGACAUCGAUGCCCUCGCUCAGGAAUACAUUUACGCCGUAAAAUCGCAAAAGCAGGAGGAGGCUGGCUUUGGCGCACCGCCAAAAUCAUACCAAGUUAGUAAAGCACUUAUGAAUGCUUUGACUCUUGUCUUGGCUAGAGAGAAUGAGGGUGUGGCGGUGAAUUGCUGUUGUCCUGGGUGGGUAGAUAGCGAUAUGGGGAAUCAGAUUGAGAAGCCACCGAAGACGUUGGAGGAGGGCGCUAGGAUACCUGUUAGACUGGCUAUAGGUGAUUUAGGGCAGGGCGGUAACGAAGAUGGAGGCCUGGACAGCGAUAGUAGGGAGACGGUUAGCGGAAGGUACUUUGGAAACGAUGGGGUGAAAGGUAAAGGGUGGGGAAGAGCAAGGGGGUGGUAA